UAGUCGAAUCCAAUCCAUUGUCAACUUCUUUAAUUAAAUAAAAAUAUCAGUUAGAUUAUGUCCAAGAGUUGCUGUACUGAUCAGAGUGAAAUAAAAGUAAUAAAUAUUGACUUUGGACAAGUAAUCGCUGGAAAAAUUUCCAAGCAAAUUGUCAAGAUCGUCAACGAAACUUGUAAAAAACAGCACUAUAAAGUUCAUCGUGACCCUGCAACUAAUCGUCUGGACUAUGUAUUCAAAGUAGAAUUUCACAAUUGGACGUUACCUGCCAAAGGUUUCACAGAAUGCAAGAUAGAAUAUCAGCCAGUCGUCCCUUCUCAUUGUUAUAUAGAUCACUUUAGUGUCGCAGACUGUGACAAAAUCUGUUACAAGAUAUGUGUGCAGGGCACAUGUGUCGGUCCUUAUGUAGUGCCGUCAGUAUCUCGACUAGUUAUGGUGUGCCCUAAAGGAGUACAAGAAGUAAGAAAGCGAUUACAGUUGAGAAACGAUUCGGAAGUAGCGGCCACUUUUAUGUUUGACAUUGACGAAAAAUGUUGUUCCUUCAAAUUGGAUAUCACUAAUGGAAUUAUAGCUCCGCACAGUCAUGUGUACAUUAGUAUAACAUUCUCACCUGAAGAGCAAGAGCUUUAUGCAUUUUAUCUUUCAUGCCUGAUACUUCAUCAGGGGCCGAUUGUCACUGAACUCUAUGGCUACCGAGGGCCUUUGUUUUCGAAAGCCGAAGAGUUUGUUCCUGUUCUAUUUACCAACCCAAAACCACUGAUCGGAGACUUUGAUGGUUACAUGAGUGACGUUGUUCAAGUUCGAAAAGGCAGCUACCCACCAAUUUCUUUAUCUGAAACUUACCUGGAUUUUGGCAGAGGAAGUUGUGAUGAUAAAAAAAAAUUUCAAUCUUUUCCUCAAAACAUAUGUUUCAUGAAUCACACUGAUACAGAUAUGACGGUGAAAUGGAGUAAUGGUAGGGGUGACUUUUAUUUAGUGCACAGAGAAAUAUUGUCUCGCGCGAUUUGGAAGACCAAAGAUACUGACGCAAACUCUAGUUCGGGUCUGUUAGUUGCGAUUCCGCUAAUUACUUCUGUUCGCGUGAUUGGUCAUACAUUCUCACCUGGGUCUACUGGCUGGAUUCCACAGUUUGAAAUUCCGAAAAGUGUCAUUUUACCCCCGACUCUUCCGUUGUUCCCAGUCUACACAACUUUUCUUAUCAAAUUGCACGGGCAUCUCGCUAUGACUUUUAAAUUCAUACCUCCCUCGACUACUCACUUCACUGUGAAACCGAUGGUAGGAAUAAUUCACAGGGGUUAUCAGAUAGUUGCGUUGCAAAUGUUUCCUGAGGUUCGAAACAAGCAUUCUUACAUUGAACGAUGGACAAUAGAGUUCAACGGUAACCCAAACAACAAAGUACCAAUAGAGUUCAAGGCAUAUGCGGAAUUCCCAAGUCUCGAUUUCAGUAAUAACAAUUUAGUCGAAUUUGCUCCUGUUUAUCCGCGAUGCGAACAAACCACAGAAGUAACUAUGCGAAAUACUACGAGACAUUGUAUCAGGUACUCAUUUUCUGAAGUACCCUCUGAAAUAAAAAUCGAAAAAGCCAGCGGUGUGAUUUUGGGAAAUGAGAUCCUGACACACGAAUGGAUCUUCUGUCCCAAAGAUACUGGAGAUCAUAAGUAUACUGUUUGCUGUCGUGCAACAGCUUUGAAGGCCGGAGCGCCUGUAGGGAAUAGUGUCGAUACACUGCUUGAGGUUACUGGAAAAGUGGAACGUGGAUAUCUCGUGGCGUUACCCGAAGAAGUUAAUUUUGGUACCGUUGCAUACGGUGAAACUGAGAAGUUAAGUUUCCAUUUGUUCAACUUUAGUUUGGUGAAAAUUCACUUUGAACUAAGAUAUAAGCAGCGUGGCUGGCCUCUCGACAACAUAACGCAUGACGUUAAAAUCAAACCUGUAACAGAUACAAUAAUCCCUGGAGGCAGUAAAGAAAUAGAAGUACAAAUAACACCACAUAAAUCUGGCUUUUAUCAGUUAGUAGUGCAGUACUUGGUGCGUUCCAAUUCUUCAGCCAAGGAUGCGUCAUGUACAUUAGAGUUGCAAAAUAUUUGCAUAGUAAAUUGCAUGUGUAUCUUACCUGGUUUUGAGGUCAAGGACUUGUUAUAUCUCUGUGUUCAGGAACACAUAAGCAAAGCAUUGCUUUGGAAUUUACUGGAAAUUGAUGAAUUCAAUACUAUUACAAAUUCCAUUGAACCGGGUGAUUCAAGACCAAGAGUUAUCAAAUUACGCUUUCCGGAGCUUGCAUUGCGCCAAGAGCCACUGCUAAUCAAACUUUUGGUUGUCAAUUCUACUCCAGCAUGUUCUACUUGGACUAUAACGAGAAUAAAGAAGUGCGAUUGCAAACAAGUAACUAAACAUCGUGGAUUGACAUUCAAGUACAAAGAAUAUUGUUGCGAUCAUAGGCUAGCAUGCACCAUUUCCCCGAACAAAGGUGUACUGCAGCCACAACAAAAAACUAUACUCACGGUCAAAGUAUGCUACAGUAUAUUAGGAAAAACUAGUCUGCAAUGGAAAUUAGGAUUAUCUAACAAUCGCAACAUCAUUAUCAGUGCCGAAGUGGUAGCUUUGUCUGAAAAUCAACCUCGCCCUAGCCUUUUAGCGAAUCAAGUUUUCUCCAUGGAAAGAAUAUACAUUGGCGAUAUAGAUGCCAUAAAACAGGUUUAUUUCGUACAUUUAGUCACAUUGGAUUUUCCCCAUAAAAACGUGUCGAUUCAUCCUCAGAUGUGUUGGAUGUACAAUUCGUUGGACCAAAAAGUGACGUACUCGCUAGACACCAGCCCCCUCCACCAAAUAAACGCUGCUGCGCUAAGUGAAACAUUUGCAUGCGCAAAUCCGCAAGGGACUUUGCCAGGACAGUCUUACUAUCCAAUUAUUUUCAAAUUCCAACCACGACGAUUCGAAUCUUAUCAGGUCACUCUACCGCUCAAACUUGGAGAUACGAUGACUGAUCUGUCGAUCAUAGCAGAAGCCGACAUUUCAAAUAAGACUAGAUUUUUGCUAGGCAAAGUUCCAAUCGCUGAUCAAUUUUCUAUUCCUGAACUACCCAUAUAUUUCUCCACCGAUUCUAUCGUCAUAACUCCCAUGCCGAUGCACUCUAAAGCCGAUAGAAUGAUCAUGAUAUACAAUGAAUCCAAGAACGACGUCAUAGGAUAUCAAUGGAAAAGCUACGAAAUGCCAAAUGUACUUGAUGUGAGGGUAAUGCCAACUAGCGGAAGAAUUCAGCCAACAAAGGCGCAAUCUUUUUGCAUAAGGAUCAGGUCUCGCUCGCAUUCAUGCAAAAUAACAGCAAAUUUGAACUGUAAAUUUUUAGACCUCAGUGCCCAAAGAGUGUACGAAAAGAGUGUUCUCGUGUAUAAUACUCUCUGCACAGAAUUGGACGGACAGUUCGUAAUUACCGAGAAGGGAAUGAGCAAACCGAAACCAUGGUUGGAACCCGCCAAAAAACCUGUACCAUUUUACAAAUCACUGUCGAUCAGCUGUUAUAUUUAUAGUGUGUUGGAUGCUGAUUUGAAGACGACACUUGACGAGCAAUUGAAAAGUUCACCACCCAUAGAAAUACAAAUUAAAAAAAAUGAAAGUUGCACUUCAACCGACCCAAAGCUUAUCAAUAUUGCCACAUUCGUUUUAGAAGGAAUGAUUUGGUGAGAGCUUUAUAAUUGUAGGGAUUCUUACUGGUUGUAUGUAAUAAAAAAAUUCGUGCUCUUUUUUCCCAGGGAUAUUUUGAAUGAGAAUUUAUUCAUAAAUAAUGUGAAAGAAAAUCUAACUCAAAUACCAAAUGUAAAAUAUGGUCAGUAUAAAAUGUCGCCGAUAGAAAGACGAAAGCUCCAGGACAGAUCUUACAUUGUGCCCCCCAAGCAUGUCCUCGAGACGAUAUUUGAGCAAGUGAGAUAUAUAUUUUUAUGAAAAAUUCUUGAUUCUAGAAUCUUAAAUGAUUUCUGCAGAUGAUAUUUGGAAUAGUUCAUGAAGAAUUCGGACUGAGUCUACGUCAUUUCGGCGGUUCUGAAGAUAUCAGACAGUUUUGCUAUAAAAAUCGUGAAACACGAUCUCGCCAUUUGACUAAAAUAAAUGACCUCAAUACGCAAGGUACU